GCUGUAAGAAUGAUGACGCUCGUUUAUCAAACAGACAUUUUCAAACCAAAUGUAUUUUUCUGGAAAAUGUUUGGGAUAUGGGCCGACAGGAGAUCUUCGAAAACUUACAAAUAUUAUUCGUUUGUUUUUUUAUUUAUAACUUUAAUUAUGUAUAACUCGCUCCUUGCUAUUAAUCUGCUGUACACCCCUCUUAAAUUUGAGUUAUUAAUCCGGGAAGUUAUAUUUUGUUUUACAGAAAUAACAGUCACAACUAAAGUUUUAAUGAUUUUAUUCAAGCGAAAUAAAAUUUUGGACGCCUUCGAUUUGUUGAAUAAAAACGAAUUCCGAGGAAACAGCGAAGAAAGCUCUGCUAUUAUCCAAAAAAAUAAUUCCGCUUACAAAACAUACUGGAAACUGUACGCCAUAUUAUCUAAUUUCGCUUAUUCGUCCCAAGUUCUUGGACCUCUAAUAGUGAAACUGAUAUGGAAAACAAAACUAGAACUACCAAUAUGUAACUAUUAUUUUUUGAACGAAGAGCUUCGUCACAAUUUUUUUUCUGGCUGGUAUAUUUAUCAAUCUUUUGGUAUGUACGGGCACAUGAUGUACAACGUCAACAUUGAUACUUUCAUUUCGGGACUUCUUAUGAUGGCAGUGACGCAGCUAAAGAUAAUACAAACUAAGCUUUUAAGCCUGAAGCUAAAUCCAAGGGAACGAAAAAUGGACAGGGGUCUUAUGAACAUAACGGAAGUAUUGAAGUUAAACGAGAUCUUAAAGCACUAUGAGCUCGUAUUGAAAUAUUGUUCAACGGUGCAAAGUAUAUUGGACGUUGCGAUGUUCGUUCAGUUCGGGGUAGCUUCAGCGAUUAUAUGCGUUGCUAUGUGUGGAUUGAUAAUGGUGCGUUCUUCUACUGAAACCUUAUUAUUCAUGGUAACUUACCUAUUUGCCAUGACCUUACAAAUAUUCGUACCGGCGUGGAUGGGAACUCAAUUACAUUUCCAAUGUGGUGAACUAAUGUCAGCGGCUUACAGCUGCGAAUGGAUACCAAGAUCAAAAUUGUUUAAGCGCAGCUUGAUACUGUUCGUCGAGAGAGCCAAAACACCAGUCAGAAUAACAGGUCUCAAAAUAUUCACAUUGAGCUUGGACACUUUUACUUCGAUUAUGAAGACAACUUAUUCAUUCUUUACUCUCAUUAGACAAUUGCAAGUUGACGAAGUAAACUGAAAAAAGCUGUCUACAAAAUAUAUAUUUUU